UGCGGUGGGUUGAGGUGGGUUAGUAUGUGUGCGCGUCAGCCAUUUUGUUCCCCCGUGAGUCUUUGUUGUAUGGCGGUGAUGUGCUGUUAUAUUUGUGAAUUAUAGGCGAUAGAGUGCGUCUAGCGCUGAGAUCUAUGUCAUUUGGGAAAUUAGAGAUUAUAGCGAUUGUCUGGGAAAUCUAAGGAUGUGUUUGGGGGUGUUUUAAGGUGCGAAAACAGGGGGAGAAGUGCAGCUGGCAGUGGUACGCGUUCUUACGGUGUUAAUAAUGUGAGAGUGAAAUACUAUGGGUCCUAAAGACCAGGACCGUGGUGGCGGUGGCAGUACUGGAGGGGGCAGCAGUGCUAGUGCUGGUGGCAGCAACAGCAGCACCGCCCCCACAGUAACCUCGGAAGAAUGGCUACAGCGCCUCCUUGCGGCCAUUACCAAGAUAAAGUCACAAAAGCAGCGGCCAAACCUCGAGCGCAUUACGCAGACUAUGAGGCAACUCUUCACUGUACCGCCUGACCUCGUGGUCACCAACCUCCAAGCCCAGGUUGAUGCUGGCACUAUCCUCUACAUAGAGAACAAGGGAAUAGAGUCAUAUGCUGAUCCCAAAAAUCCACCGCUCCGGACGGGUCGGGUGAGCGUGCGAACGCCCACAGCCAGUUCACGGGCGGCCGACCUGGUGGGCAAGGUGGUGCGGGCAGUGCGGGAGCUGGGCACCGAGGGCGGCACACUAGCGGACAUUACCACUCACCUACAGAAGCAUGGCACCGCCAUCCUGGAUGACCCAGACAUACCCACCUUAGUGUCGCACGCCACCAAGCGCGCCCUCCAGCGAGGUUUCCUGGCCCAAAAUGGUGAAGUUUUUACCUUGGGCACCCUGGCCAAGCACCGCAAGGCCUCCGGACGGCUGCCCGCCUCCAAGAAGUUGCUGGCGGCCACCGAGGACAACGAUGACGACGAUCUGGGCGUCCACGUGCGUGAACGCACACACACCACCAAAGACACCCACCUUCAGAGCACAACCAUGCCAAUAUGCUGUGAGUGCCUGGGCACUGAGGGCAGUAUACCUGGCGGGUUUAUACACUGUGUGUCGUGUGGAUCGUCAGUGCACACACAGUGUCUGACACUGGACAUGUCAGCCUCUGUCAGAUUGUGCCAGCAAGGCUGGCAGUGUGAGGACUGUAAGCCUUGUAUAGUGUGUAGGAGAACUGGCUCUGAGGUGUUGGGGAGCCUUCUAAUAUGUAGUUCGUGUGACGACGGCUAUCACGUGUGUUGCGUCUCACCGCCCCUAGAGCAACGACCAACUACCCCAAGCUGGUGUUGCUCUGUCUGUACCAAAGGGCCGCAAGGCACCAAUAAUAGCGGCCGUAGUAAUACGGCUUCGCCAACGGGAAGUACGCACUGUGAGGCCGGCACCGCGACCAAUAAUUCCGCCAUAAAUAGAAAGGGAAGAGGGAAGUCGCGGAAGGGACUUCAAGACACGACUUCCAGAAGUAGAAAGUACAGCUCCUCAUCGUCCAGUUCUCGUUCAAGAUCAGCGUCUCGGUGGCGGAAAAGGAGCGGAAGCGAGCAGCGGAAAGAAGCGGACAGUAUCUCAGAUGAUAGUGAUGGUAUGCAUAGCCAUCUUGGGCCUCCCAAGAAACUUCCUAGUGAAAAGUUGUCCAAAGAAAAAGCUAAGUUUUUCAGACGAAGUUUUGGGGAGAAAGGUAAACUUAGAGGUGUUAAGAGUGACGUACGGGUGGAGUGUGAGGGUAUCGCGGGUAUGAGUGCGUGCGGCGGCGGGCACAAGAAGCGCGGUGAGGCGGGUAGUGAGGUUAGUUCUAGCAUACCAGACACCAGCACAGACACUAGUAGUAGUGAUGAAUCAGGUGCUGAUGGGGCUUCAAGAACGACGACCCAUCAGGAGAGCCACCCAGUCACCUGUAAUCAGAACGACACCACGGGAGGCAAAGGUCCCGCCAGGAAAUCGGAAUCGUUAAGCGAGGGUGACUCGGAGAGCGGCACCCCACACGAAGAGCGAAGUUCCUCGUCGACGAACUCCUCGAGCGCCAUGUUGGCGUCGGGGCACCUCAGGGGCUUGUUCGACGGUUUGAGUCACUUGUACACGCCGUACGACUCUCGUAAGAGACCCAUACAGGAAAGACCUAAGCAUAAAGGCCCUAAGAAAAUAGUGAAAUUGUCAAGAGAAGGGGAGUGUGUCGGUGAUAGUGGCGUAGAGGGCGGGGCCAGAGUGAACGACAGUGGCCAGGGUUCAAGACGUCUCGGUGAGUGUAGUGGUGUGGGUGGUAAGGGAAGCGAAAAUGGGGGGGCGUGGUCGACGUGGGCGGCACAUAGGUGGUCCAGCGGCAGUGCUGGGGCCGGCUCGGUUGGCCCUAGCGAUGUCCCCUCAACGGCGGCCGGGGCCAACCCCCUGGUGGGCAAGACGGGCGGUGGCGGCCAGCCCCAGGCAGCGGACGGACGCAAGUGUCGCAAGAGCAGGCCUGAGGGAUCCAGCGGCCAGACUGGGGGUCAGGAUGCAGAGGUGAAUACUGACGUGAUACAUUCACCGAUCGCUGUGGAGAACAAGGUAACGAUGGAGAAGGUACAACGCAACUCUCUUCCACCUGGGGUCACAGACAGGGACCUAGAGAUGUUCAAGAAGGCUCAGGAAAGAGCAUCGGAGGAAAUGGAGAAGAACCGGACGACAGUACAGGAACGCGACCCGUUCAACAUGUCUCGGUGCCCGGCCAGUAUUGACUUCGGCCAGUACGACAUCCAGACCUGGUACUCCGCACCGUACCCCCAGGAAUAUGCACGGUUAACGAAGUUGUUCCUGUGUGAAUUUUGUCUCAAGUACAUGAAAAGUGUUUCCAUGUUGGGUCGGCACCUGGAGAAGUGUAUCUGGCGUACGCCGCCCGGCACUGAGAUCUACCGUAAAGACGGCCUUUCCGUCUUCGAGGUGGAUGGAAACGUAAGCAAAAUAUACUGCCAGAACUUGUGUCUUCUGGCUAAACUUUUCUUGGACCACAAGACCCUAUACUAUGAUGUGGAGCCAUUUCUCUUCUACGUUUUGACUCGCAACGAUGACAAGGGAUGCCAUCUGGUGGGAUACUUCAGCAAGGAAAAACUCUCCGCCCUCAAGUAUAAUGUUUCAUGUAUCAUGACCAUGCCUCAGUACCAGAGGCAGGGGUUUGGUCGCUUUCUCAUCGAUUUUAGUAAGUUCCUACUAUCAAACGCGAGGGGGCAACCAGGGACCCCCGAGAAGCCCCUUCCCGACCUGGGUGCGUUCCCUACACCGCGUACUGGGAAAACCGGCUAAUGGGGGUACCCCUACCCCAUGAGGGGAACUGAAUUCCUUAGCAUCCAGGAUGUGGGAAAGGAAAGGCGAGUAUCCUGCGGGGUGGCUUACACGCUGAAUUCUGGGUUCUUUAAAAGGGAUGCAAUGGGGGAGAUGGUUGUCAGUAUAGACUGGAGAGCGGUGGACGAACACUACCAGAAGCAACUCAACAAUCCCCGACGGUUGAGGUUGGACCCAGAAGCUCUGCGGUGGUCGCCGCUGCUGGCCGGACACAACACUUCCCUCCAUCAAGACUCCGAUGAGGAGGAGGAAGUGUCGCAGGAGAAAGUGAUCAAGGUCGAAGAAAGUAAGCUUGUAGAAAGUAGCAAGACAGACGAGGUGAAAGCGGAGCCUGCAAAGAUAGCAGAGAAAACAGCUGAAGGAGGCACCAAGGAGCAGGAUGAGGACAAGAAGCCUCCGGUGCCUUCGGCGACGCCUCCUGCUGCCUCAGCAGUGAAGAAUAACCGUCCGCCAAAGUUGAAGGGCAGCUCCGAGUCCCCCGUAUCAAUCGUCGACGCCAAAGAACGGGAGAAAGAGAACAUAAAUAGCGGAAUGAGUGGUGUCAAGGCAACUACCGCUUCUGCUGAUGAUAGCCUGACCUUACCCACUGAAGAGGAUGCUUAUGUCUUCAAGGAAGAUGAGGAGAGCGAGUUUGAACCUAGCUUUCGCAGCCUCAAGAUCGUGAAGCGGAAAUCGCAGACGCUCAAGGAGACGCAGUGUCCUAGGGAACACGGCGACCAAGCGUUCCCCCCUCACAAUGUAGAUUGUUCAGUGGAACUACUGUACCUGUUUCAGGUAGAUUGUUCGGUGGAACUACUGUACCUGUUCCAGGGAGAUUGUUCAGUGGAACUACUGUACCUGUUCCAGGUAGAUUGUUCAGUGGAACUACUCUACCUAGUAAUAUUUAGGUUCAGUGAUAAUUAUUUAGGUUCUAAAAUAAUUAUUAAGGUUCUCCAGUUAUUAUUAAAGUGGCCACAAAUUUUGUGGUUUGUUUGUGUUGUCGUUCGUGCUUCGUUAUUUUUUUCUGAUCGCAUAACGUCUUUUGCAGAGUUGACGAACAACAUUGUGAAGAACAAGAGGAGCGGAACAACAGAAUCCAGUCCGAACUUGAGAAAUUCGCGGAGAACGACAAACUCGUUCAUGAACCACGGAGACCACAAGAGCGGAAGUUCGUGCGGAGUUGUGGAGGCGGAGCGGAAUGCAUUGCCAAAGAGCCGGAGAGAGACAUCCUCAACCCGGAGUAGGAGACGGACAGAAGUGGAGGAGAGUGAGGAGACCCGGAGGGAGAGCCUGACAAGGAACCGAAGGCGGACCGAACCGGAGGAAAUUGAAGAGGGUCGCAGGGAACACUCGUCGAGGAUCCGCCGGAGGAUAGAGAUGGAGGAGAGACAAAAAGAAAGGAGCGGUGGAAACGAACAAAAAGCCAACGAAAAUUUUUCCCGAGACCCUCCGGGCGAAAGCGGAAAAAUUCAGGACACUGACCCCGGACGAGCGGAAAAGAGAAGAGAGGCCCGAGGGACCACGGGGGAGUGGAAAGUCGUCGACUCCGGAACAAAACUCCGGGUGCAGCAGCAGGGUCUACGCAACGUGUCUACUGGAAUUACCUUCGAGAACGAGGAUGAGCAAGCGGAAAAGGAAGAGGAGGAGGAGGAUGGACUGGACAACACAGAGCUGGAAAUGCCUCACCUGGAGCCCAUGAUUGACAUAGAGAAGCGGCCAGAUGGUACACAGCACAACCAGUCGACAGAAGAUGAUAAGAAAGAUGAGGAUAGCAAAUCAGAAAGCCUAUUUGAUCCUAGGAGUGAUUAUAUUUCCACUUCGGAUACUGAGAGCAAGAUGAACGAGGGCGACCAUCGUUCGCUCGUCAGGAAGCGAGGCUGGCCUAAGGGCGUGCCACGGGGGCCUAAGGGCGUGCCACGGGGGCCUAAACACCCGACUCGUGGUAAGGGCCGAGGCCUGAGUAGGCCUCCUGGACGCGGCCGGGGCAGGCCUAAAUUCAAUGGAGACCAGAAGCCUUCUGCAAUGGAUUCCGCUGAGUUGCAGGAUGGUUUGCAAGAGGAUCCUGAGCAGUUGAACACAGCAGAAGACCUGUUGAUGGCUGAGGAUCACCUGGAGGAAAUGGAUGGUCAGCUGGACAUGGGGGAAAAUGACCCGGAUGCAGCGGACAACUGGAUGGAGAUGCCCGACGACAAAAUGGAGGUAGCAGAUGGCAAGUUGAGCAUGGCGGAAAGUGAGCCAGGACAGAGAGACCAACAGGCAGAAGAAACGGAGAACCAAACACACACCAAAGACAAUCUGUUACAAGCCGCCGAAAAUCGCUCUGAAAAGAGCGAGAACGAACUGGAGAAAGUCGUUCCUGUCCCGGAGGCCAAAUCCCCGAAUGAACAGGCAGAGAACGUUCUUCGCGACGGCCAGAACAGAGCAGGGGGCCAGGAGGAAAGAACGGAAGAGAAGAACGAGGAGGGGAAAGUGUGCGAAGACAAUUGUUCAUUGGAAAAGAAUAGUGACAGCAGGAACAUAGAUGGAAAUGAAGAAGGGGAGAAGAAUAGUGAUGUAGUGCAAGGUUUACCUGAUCGUGAUAGUAGGAGGGAGGAAGUUAAAGAGAGAGAGGAAGUUAAAGAGAGGGAGGAAGUUAGAGAGAGGGAGGAAGUUAAAGAGAGAGAGGAAGUUAAAGAGAGAGAGGAAGCCUCUCAUAAACACUUAAGUGAUGGAAAGGAUUCAGAGGGACAGGAAGAUGAAAUGGAGGUAGAAAAAGAGAAUCAUGAUCCUGCUAAGGUAAUGGUGAAUGAGAAGGAAGAAGAGGAAGCAGAAGAGGAAUUGAGCGAGGCUGAUAAAGCAGUGGCUAGUAUUAUCAAUGGUACGUGCGAGGGUGUUCCCAGCGGAGAUUGCUUGCAACAUGAGACUUACAGUAGUCCUCCUCCAGUAGAGGAGGUUCAUGAGGUUGUGGAGUGUAAAGUUGGGGAUGGAAGAGUAGAUGAAGCGUAUCAGGAGGAGGUGACGAAGGCGGUUGAGAGUAUCUGGGGCGGAACAGAAGAGCGUGAUCCCACGUUGGUUGAAGAUAGACCGCCGGAGAUAAUUGACGAACCAAAGAUUCUGAGUCCUGCCCUUCCGCAGUUGAACGCCUUGCCUCUUCUUCAUCCUCCUUCCCCAGUUAUUCCGCCCUGUCCGUCCUCACAGUCGGAAAGUGAAAUAAUCCCACCUAGUCCUAAUACUUUAGAACGUUCAAGAUCGCCAGGAUCAUCUGUUCCACCUUCACCUAUUCCUAGUUCACCACCACCUGCCCCUGCUCCUCCCUCACCUACUUCACCUUCUCCUGUACCAUCACUCCAUGCUUCAGAUUCACCACUGGAGCCACCUUGUGCCCCUGCCCCUGUUACACCUAAUUCCCCUCAGUCCCUGGCAUCCCCUGCUUCACCUUCUUCAAUUGACUCCCCUGCUUCACUACGUUCCUCCUCUCCCAUCCCAGAAAUUUCAGAUGAGCCUAUAAGACCAGCUUCACCUCCUCCAUUAGGCCUUUCACCACGGCCGGUUAGUCUUGAGGAUAGCCAGUCAUCAUGUCAGUUGUCAGUAGUUGGGGAGACUGUUGCUGACACCCCUAUACUGUCAGCAGUAUCUAGUCAUCACGUCCAGGAGAAGCACAAUAGCAAAGAUGAACAGAGGGAACCUGUGAUAGAUGACCUGCAUCGGCAACCAGAAGGUCAACAAGAGCCCUCCAAGGAGCAUUCCCGGGAAUGUGAAGGUUCUGUGAGUGAGCCCAGGGUUCAGACCACAGUUCCUGGAGUGCCGGACACACUCAGUGCAGCCGGUCGUCAAGCGGAGAACCUGGCCUCGCAGAUGGAACAAACAUACGAACCAGCAGAUGCACCGAAAGUUGAUAAUCAUCCGACGGGCCAAGAGGCUGCGCACACACAUGACCUGACAUUAGAAACCGGUGAUGGUCCAAAAACGGUUAAUUCAUCAGCUGGAAAUACACCACCAUCGUCCUGUGGGUCUACUAAUACCACUUCUGUGAUUACUCGACAAGCUCCCACUCUGACCCCUCCACACCAGCAAGAAGUUAGCAGUAUGGGCGUCUAUACCCCAGAUUCCACUACAAAUUCCGUUCAUUCAAUGCACGGAUAUUCGCAGAGUGAAUUUGAUGUAUCGCAGCUUGGUAUCGAGUCCCCAACAUCGAUAUCAAGUAAUGAAAUGGCCCAUUCUGUGGAAGCACCUCAACAAGCCUCCACACCACAGAGUUAUAAUGAUUGUGCUCAGAUUUCUGGCCAACAGGUUCAGCCUACCACUCCCACCCAUGUACAGCCUACCACUCCCACCCAUGUACAGCCUACUACCCCAACUCUCACACAGCCUACUACUCCAACUCCCCCACACAUCGCAAGAACCACUCCAACGCCCUCUCCUAUACUACCACAGCCUAUACCACAACCACAGGCAAUUAUCACACAGGCUGCCGCUCAAACCGUUCCAACAAUAGGGGUUGUAACGCUGCCACACACACAUACGCAUCAAGCACCAGCUAAACACCAGCCAUCCAAACAGCGCCACAUACAACCUAAACCACCUGCCCAACCGCAAACACAGACGGCUUCCACAAGCUCCCGGCCACCUUCAAACCUCAGCACCCAGCUGUCUCCCCAGUCUGUUGCAGCCAUGCAUGUUUCCAGUCAAGUGAUGACGCAGCGGAUGGUUGCGUCUACAUCCCAUCCAUCGUCAAGCCUAGGCCAGCACCAUCCCAUGUCCUACCAUCCUCAUGGUGCACACACUCCACACCCUCCACGCACCCCACAUGUCACACACACACACUCGCAGAUGCAAAACUUUGGACAUCAUCCAAACUAUAUGAUGGGACCGCACCAGCAGAUGCUAGGGCAUCAUGGAUCAAUGAUCAGUCAAGGCUACCUACCCCAGGCAUCUGUAACUACAUACGCUCAGGCACACACACCCGCCCAUUCGUCAUCAUACAUGACCUCUGUUAUACAGUCACGUAUGGGAGGUCCAAGUACUCAGCAGGGAGCGAGUCAUAACUCAACAUCGACUCAACGCACCGGUCAGAACUCGUCGUCCGCUUCGUCGUCGCAGCGUUCAGGCCAUGGAGGUAGUUCCAGUGUGUGUGGCCCUUCCGGGGUUAAUUACCACUUUCUUAAUUCCAGUCCCCCAGGGCCGUCACCCACGCCGACACCCAUGGCUAGCGAACAACACCACCCUGGGGGAGCACAGGGAAGUGCAUCAUCAUGUAGUAUAGCACGGUUACAGCAGCUUACAAACGGCAUUAUGGACAUUGUUCCGCCACCUCCGUGUGCGGGCGUGACGCCACCUCCACACACAGUGUCGCCUCCACCAUCUCACACUGUCACUCCGCCUCCUGCUGUCACCGCUGCAGCUGCUGCCGCCCAGCGGAACAUGACACCACCUAUCUCCAACCUACAGACGCAGGUGCCAUUGCCGUACAGCAAAUACAAGUCACACCAAGCGGCAGCAGCGGCCCAGAUGUCAUCUAAUAUGAUGGCUCCAGCCAUGUUGGGCUACCAAGUGAACGGUUACCGCAUGCCGGGCCAGCCGGGUGCCAUGUCGCCCCUCAACACAUCGUACCUGACCAAUCCUUCGUUCAUGAAUCAGCAGCUGCCAAUGCAGAUGAUGAACAUGCAUCCCCAAGCUGCUGGCCAGUACCAGGACCCGCGAUCACAACCCCAGAACACCAUGUACCCACCAUACUCCUACAUGCCACCAUUACAGCUCAAUGGCACCAUGCGUCGAUAGUCCCAAGACUUCAAUCCCAGUAUUCUAUUCAUGGUGCUUAUUACCAAGUAGCAACUGUCAGUGUUAAGUGUAAUGCGUCAGUAAAGGCUGUGCUGAAUUCAUUUACUGACAGGAUAUAAGACUUACGCAUGUCAGCGUCAAGUGUAAAGUGUCAGUAAAGGCUGUGCUGAAUCCAGUUACUGAUAGAAUCUGAGACUUAUGCAAGACUAGGCAAUAUUUUGACUAGUUAAAUAAGGGUGUGUGAUCCUAGACAACAACACUGACUCUAAAGUGUUGCUAAAAAAACCUUGAACAUCAUGUAACUUGAACACAAAGAUUUUUUAGUGAAAAUUCAUAUUUUUUGGGUUUGUUGUGAGAGCUAUAUUUUAGAUACUUAUUUAUGGUGUUUAUACAUGGUUUAAGAAAGAAUGCCAAGUUAUCUAACUUGGCAACUUUGAUGGUCAAGUUAAUUUAGAAGCUCCAUUUUACGUGGAGGGACACUAGAGAACAAAAUGUUGAUAGCUGUAUUUUGUGGUGAACCUGGCAAGCUGGGUUCAGUUUAAUUGAGUCAGGGGUGAACCCUGAUUUUCAUCUGAGUACAAAGUGAUCUAUCGUUUAAUUGACUGGGAAGUGUGCUUAAUUGUUACACCAGAAUGUUAUUGAAAUUUUAGCCGUGGAAAGCAGCCGUAGUCUUUUACUUUGUGAUACUGAGGUAGGCCUGAGGCCUACUCAGCAUGUUUUAGUGGUGGAAGGAAAGUGGCAUUUUGGGCCCUUUUUCCAGUGAAUAUCAUUAUUUUUGAGUAUUUAUAUACUACAACAAUACAGUGUAAGGUAAGUGAACUGCGUCUGCUGGUAGAGCACAGUCAAGUCUUCUUUCCUGAUUUUCCCGUCCCGUUACAGAGGCUUUUUCGUUUGUAUUGUAGAUAAAUUUGUGUAGCUUGCAGCACUCCAGUUGCAUAUUUUGUUUCUCACGUCACUUUUUACCAGUGGUGGAGCGGACGGUUGUAGAGAGCGGCUUGGGUGACAUGUUGUAGCUGUGGUGAGGGUCCUUGUAGCUGUGGGUGUCCUUGUAGCUGUGGGUGUCCUUGUAGCUGUGAGGUCCUUGUAGCUGUGGGUGUUCUUGUAGCUGUGGGGAGUUCUUGUAGCUGUGGGGGUCCUUGUAGCUGUGGGGGUCCUUGUAGCCAUGGUGGGUUCUUGCAGCUGUGAGGGUCCUUGUAGCUGUGGGGGUCCUUGUAUCUUUGGGGGG